AUAAAACUUGAGAGCAAACGACAAAAUUAGGGUUACCUCCAAUAUGCUAAUAGACUCGAUCGAAGUAAUAAGACGCAAAAUUAGACACUCUUUAUCUACCAGUUCCAGUAGGUUGAAUAAAGAAUCGACCUAGCUGCAAAAAAUCAUAAACCUAAAGGUCCAAUAGUCACCACUCUCUGUUGUACAACUAAAUUUUUAUCUCAAGAGGCAUAUGUUACAAUAAAAAAUUCAAUCUCUAAUCCUCCUUCUACAACUCCAUUUAUUGAACUCCAUUCUAUUCAUCAUGGAUUGAUAUCGGAUUUGAAAUCUUCUACUUGCCUAGCUUAAAUCCCCAAAAAUAAAAUCGUAGUGCCAAGAGAUACCAGAAGAUUGAUUUCAAAGGCGACCUUCUAUUGGAAAGUGAAAGGGGCGUAAACUAUUGCACGAUGGAGGAAAUUCCGAAGGGAGUUAAAAGAGAUAAGAACAAAGAUAAAAAAGCACUAACUUUAAAUUUAAAUUGAAAAUUUCAAGGACACAACACGCAGUAACAUGAUUAGUUUCUUCUAUGGUAGCCAAUUACCAAUCUACCUUUAGCAAAAAAUUACGGCGAGAGCAAAAAAUUUAAAAUUGAGAAAAUUACAUGAAACUCUAAUAUGAAAACUGAAGUAUCAAGCACCAUAAAAUACAUACGGUAGACUUAGUGGGCUUGCUAAUCAUUAUGGAAAAUUCUUCCAAUUUCCAGAGUUUAGCUUGUGUAUGUUUUGUACUCGAAAAGAUACAACAAAUUUGUUUAGUGUAAUUGGUUGUGAUUGUUAUUUUUGUUUUAAGAGACCCGGGUUCGAAUCCUCAUAUUGAUACUUUUUAUAUGAGAUAAAUAAUUAAUUGUAAAGAUAAAAAUGUCCUUCCUACUUUCACUCUCGUUGCAGGAAAUUUGAAAUUGAGAAAAGUUUACAAAACUCUACUAUAUAUUAUUGGAGGAUUGUGGGCAAAUUGCAUAGUUGGUCACUGACAUUACAAAAAACGUUCAUGUUUGGUCACUAAAAAUAUUUAAUUUCAAUAAUAGUCACUAAAUUUAGUAAAACAUGUCACAUUUGGUCACUCUCUGUUAGUCUCCAUCCAACUCCGUUAAUGGAGUCCGUUAAGUGCUGAGGUGGCAAACAGAAUCGCCUAAUUAACUGGAUUUAACCGAAAAACACUAAACCCGACCCGCCACAUCAUCACAACCCGCCAGGUCAUUAAAAUCAUAUCUCAACCCAAUACAAACCCACCAAUUGAACCAACCAACUUUAAAAAAAAAAAACUAACUCGUCUUCUACCCCAAGCCCCAACUCCACAUCCUUUCCCCAGACCUAAAUCGCUCGUCAUUUUCACUUAAUCUCCAGUCGGGACAAUCUUGUUGGAUCUUAUUGCAAGAGAGAAGACUUAUUGCCCCAAUGUUUCUCCAGCGGUGGCUCCAAGCUCCAAGCUCUGCUGCCUUGACCCCAUUACCCGGAGAUUCCUCUGACCGAGAUGAUGAUGAUGAUGGCGAAUAUGACAACCUCUGCUGCUAGGAAUCACCGAAUCUAGUUGAGAUUCUCUCUAACAUAUCCCCGGAGAAGCUCCUGCUCCCGCACCCACUAAAUCUAGCUCGCAGCAGCUGCCGAAGAUGCUGAACCCUGCCAGAUUUCUGGGGGAUUUAGCAUGGCCGACAAAGGACUAGGUUUCCCAGGGACCCUGAACGUCUUUCUGUUCAUCUACUCCCAAAAUUAAACCCCCAGUCAGUUCUUAACUGUCGCCCUUCUCCAUUGGAAUCCGACCCUCAAGAUCUGCCAACAAACUCACAAAAAAAGCCCCCACUGUCGUGUUCUUAUUCUCCCUCUCCUCUCGUCGCAUCCCUCCCCGACGAACCCAUACAAAUACAAAUCAAACUCCAUACAAAUACUCACAAUCAAACUCCAUAUCAUUAUGCAAAAUGGUUUCUAUUUUCAGACCUCCGGGUACAAAGAACACACAGACCAGUAACUUGCUUCCCCACGCUUCCUAUUCUAUCCUGCAUCACCAACUCUAUUAUGCAUGAUCAAUUUGAUUGUAACAUUGCGUUUUCAUAUUGACCCUUUACCUCAUACCAAAUUAUCCCAAACCUUUUUCACAAAUACCUAGAGACAUAACCUCACCAUUCAAAUACAAGUUGGGAGCAAUAACUGUGAUAUAAGGCCGCACAACCUCUCGACACUUCAAUGUCUUUCUCCAAAUUCAUGAUCUAUCAGACUUUAAUGGUUGGUAGAUCUCAUAUGAACUUCUUUUUAAUGUAAUAUUUCCUUAUCCAAGCUACCUAUAAGGAACCUUCACAUUCUAGAAUGCGCUUCUUUGUUAUGCUUGUUACUGGCUCUCUUAUCCUCCUUUGGAGCUUCAUAAGUGGUCGGCGGGAAGGCUUCUCAAAACAGGAUUGGAUUUCAACUCACGAAUGUUAGAUAUCUAUGACAUUCCCUGAUGUCCGAUGCGGCAGGUGGGCUGGUCUUAAGAGAUGCGGCUGGUUUGGUGGUGGCAACACAGUGGGUGAUGUUUCGCAGUCUUGUGAAUCCGAUGCUUGUAGAGUUAUCCACCUUGCGGGAUACUAUUCGGUGGUGCCCUCAUCGUGGUUUGGAGGUCGUUACGAUUGUGGGUGACGUGAAGAUUGUGAUUGACAAGGUCAACGCGGGUGGUGUUCAUGAUGCUGCUGGUGAGGCUUUAUUUGAGGAAAUUCACCAUAUGCUUUUGGCUUCUCUGUGGUUAAAGAUUCGAUUUGUGGUUAGACAGAAUAUUAGGGUAGCCCAUAUGGUGGCUAAGAAGGCCUUGUCUUUGUUUUCUGCGGGUUGCAAUGCGUUUGAUUUUCGUGCUUGGCUUUGGUCAGAGCCCGGUCAUAUGUAACUUUGUGUUCUUGUUUAAUGCAAGCUAUCUUUUCGUAAAAAAAAAAUAUAGUAGAAUAUUCAUUACUAAAUUGGAGAUAGGUUUUAGCUACCGGCUAUGUGUGGUCGCAAAAUGAUUUAGCUUGGAGCGGUUAUGAUUUGCAAAGAAAGUAAAAAUAAACUUAUUAUUUAAAAAAUUAAAACGUAGUAUUAUCCACGGCUCAUACUCAAAUAAUAUGUUGUGUUGGUUGCAAAAUGUUUUGUUUACGUGUUUGGUUUUAUUAGGAUAGAAAAUAAGAUAAUGUAACAUAUUAAAUGUAAGGGCAAAGUGGUAGCAUUGUACAAGACUCAUUUAAGAAUGACUAAUCUAAAAAAAUCUUAAACAAACAAUGCAUUUGGAAAUUUCUACAUUAACACCACUGGAACACCCUCAAACUACAAAACAUGUCACUUCUAUCAUAUAGUAUUCAAUAUAACAAUCUUAACAUGAACUUUCGUCUCUCCUACCUUUAAUUAACAUUUAUUGUUAGUGAUAAAAACUACUUUUGUUAUAAUUUAAGUAUUCCAUUGUUAUUAGCCUUUUUUUACUUCCUGCAAAUUGGAUAGUGGGCUCUUUCCUGGUAUAUAUAUUAGCAAGCCUUGCAUCCCCUAAUCAAAGUAUCAAACUAUUAUUGUUCAUGCACCUGAAUACUCUGAUUAAUGGCGUAUCUUGAUAUGAUGUACUAUGGUUGAAAGAAACCAAACCAUCACAAUGAUUGGGUUUGACAAAACAGGGGAACUAAUGAUUAAUUAGUUGUAUAAAACAUUAUGCUGUCCAAAUUUUCGACGCAGCAGGGAGGAGCAGAUAUGGUUUAUGACAAAAGCAUUGAGGUUCUAGAAUGAAUGUUAAUCAUAUUUCUUUUGUGCUCCCAACGUGGUGGCCCGUCGGAGUUAGCCAGCGUGUACAUACUCUGCAUGCGAUUCUGCUACGGACAUUCGCUUAUUUGAUAUUAUGCUUCAUCGUAAUCUAUAUAUUCCAAGGUUGUUAACUCAGUGUCAAUCCGCGGGUUGAUUCGAAUUCGGUGAGAAAAAUGGGCACCACAUCUCUGGUUAAGAUUUCGUCUAGGAUUCGUCAAAUUCACUUCAAUGCGAACAAAACUUGGUAAAAUUGGCUUCAACCAAGUCAAAACUCAGUAAAACUGGUCAACAAACUUUCAUUCCAAAAGGUCGCUUUGUUUGACUUUUAUAGGCUGUUCCAGUUUAUAUAAGGUGUCAAUCGAAAACUUAUAUGGUGUGUUUGAAUUUUUACUAUAUGUUGGAUUCAACUACGUAUUAUUAUUUUGGUAUAUGUUAUUACUCAUAUAUAGAUGAGUUUCGAUACAAUUUACAAAUGUAUGAACAAUGUAAUGACUUUUUUCAUAUAUCUGAAUUUAAUUGGACUAAAAUGAUCGGGUCAUUAACCCUUCACCCACUUACUUAGAUCAUGCCAACGAGCUAAACGUAUUCACAACUUUGCUAUAUUCUCAUAAUAAUUGGACUAAAAUGAUCGGGUCAUUAACCCUUCAUCCACUUACUUAGAUCAUGCCAACGAGCUAAAUCGUAUUGACAACUUUAAUAUAUUCUCAUAAUAAUU